GAGGGGAAGUAGAGGUGGCGCCCAGCCCCACGGUCUCCCAGGGAGAGCCGGUGUCUGGCCGCUGGCCUCAGCGGAACUCUAUAAGCCACGCUGGCUGCUCAUGGAGCCGAGGACUCGCGCGGAGACGGGAUGCUCCCGGCCGCCGAGAUCGGCAAGGCGCCGGCAGCCCCGUGCUGCUCUGAAAGUGGUAACGAAAGGAAGGACGUCGAGGAGAAAAAUGACAUAAAUAUUGCAGCUCUUUUUGGAAAUGAACAAGUCAGUGAAGAUACAGAUAAUGGUGAUCUCACUUCCUACGUGUCUGCAUUUAUAGAAAAAGAAGUUGGAAAUGACCUUAAAUCUUUAAAGAAACUUGAUAAACUCAUAGAACAGAUGACAGAAAAUAAAAUGCAGUUAGAAGAACAGGUACUUACAAUUUCAUCAGAAAUCCCUAAAAGAAUUCAGAGUGCCUUAAAAAAUGCAGAAGAAUCAAAGCAAUUUCUUAACCAGUUUCUGGAGCAAGAAACUCAUCUCUUCAGUUCCAUUAACAGCCAUUUGCUGACCGCACAGCCCUGGAUGGAAGAUCUGGGGGCCAUGAUUAACCAAAUUGAAGAGAUUGAGCGCCAUCUUGCUUACCUUAAAUGGAUUUCACAAAUUGAAGAACUAAGUGAUAACAUUCAGCAAUAUCUGAUGACCAAUAACGUCCCAGAGGCAGCGUCUACUCUGGUGUCUAUGGCGGAACUUGACAUCAAGCUUCAGGAAUCAUCUUGUGCUCAUCUUCUUGCUUUCAUGAGAGCCACUGUUAAAUUCUGGCAUAAGAUCCUCAAGGACAAACUUACAAGUGAUUUUGAGGAAGUUUUAGCCCAGCUUCACUGGCCAUUCAUCACACCCCCCCAGUCUCAGACUGUUGGCUUGAGUCGCCCAGCAGGUGCCCCUGAGAUAUACAGUAACCUGGAGACACUGUUUUGCCAGCUUCUGAAACUGCAAACCUCAGAUGAAUUACUUACUGAGCCAAAACAACUUCCAGAAAAAUACUGUCUUCCUGCAUCCCCGUCUGUCAUCCUGCCCAUCCAGAUUAUGCUGACUCCCCUUCAGAAAAGGUUCAGGUAUCACUUCCGAGGGAACCGACAGACUAAUGUUAUAAGCAAGCCUGAAUGGUACUUGGCUCAGGUACUUAUGUGGAUUGGGAAUCACACUCAGUUUCUGGAUGAGAAGAUUCAGCCAAUAUUAGACAAAGUAGGCCCUUCGGUAAAUGCAAGGCUUGAAUUUUCCCGGGGCCUCAUGAUGCUCGUUCUUGAGAAGUUAGCUGCAGACAUCCCAUGUCUGCUCUAUGAUGACAAUCUCUUCUGUCAUCUGGUGGAUGAGGUGCUUUUGUUCGAAAGGGAGCUGCACAGUCUUUAUGGCUAUCCCAGCACUUUUGCCAACUGUAUGCAUAUUCUGUCAGAGGACACCUGUUUUCAGAGGUGGUUGACUGUGGAGAGAAAAUUUGCUCUUCAAAAAAUGGACUCAAUGCUUUCAUCAGAAGCUGCUUGGAUAUCCCAAUAUAAGGAUAUCACUGAUGUGGACGAGAUGAAAGUUCCAGACUGUGCAGAAACUUUUAUGACACUACUCUUGGUUAUAACUGACAGAUAUAAAAAUCUUCCCACAGCUUCCAGAAAGCUACAGUUCCUGGAGUUACAGAAGGACUUAGUAGAUGAUUUCAGGAUACGGUUAACUCAGGUGAUGAAAGAAGAGACUAGAGCUUCCCUUGGCUUUCGAUACUGUGCAAUUCUCAAUGCUGUGAACUAUAUCUCAACAGUACUAGCAGACUGGGCUGACAAUGUUUUCUUCCUGCAACUUCAGCAGGCAGCACUGGAGGUCUUUGCAGAGAAUAACACCCUCAGUAAAUUGCAGCUGGGACAGCUGGCCUCUAUGGAGAGUUCUGUCUUUGAUGACAUGAUUAACCUACUGGAGCGUUUAAAGCAUGACAUGUUGACCCGCCAAGUAGACCAUGUUUUUAGAGAAGUUAAAGAUGCUGCAAAAUUGUAUACAAAAGAAAGACUAUUCCAAAACAUAGAAGAGGAAGGAAAACUUCCAAAUUCAUUCUGAGGCCAGCAUGACCCUGAUUUCAAAACUAGACCAAGACUCCACAACAAAAGAGAACUGCAGGCCAAUAUCCCUGAUGAACAUGGGUACAGAAAUCCUCAACAAGAUACUAGCAAACCAAAUCCAACAAUACAUUAAAAGAAUCAUUCACCAUGAUCAAGUGAGAUUUAUUCCUGGAUUGCAAGGGUGGUUCAGUAUCACAAAUCAAUCAGUAUGAUACAUCACAUCAACAUAAGAGAAAGGAGAAGGAUAAUGUGAUUAUUUCAGUAGAUGGCAGAAAAAGCAUUUGACAAAGUACAACAUUCAUUCAUGACAAUAAAUCCUCGACAAAGUAGGUUUAAAGGGAACAUAUCUCAACAUAAUAAAGGCCAUGUGUGAAAAACACACAGCUGAUAUCGUCCUCAGUGGGAAAAGCUGAGUGCCUGUCCCUUAAGGUCAGGAACAGGACAAGGUUGUCCACUCUCACCAUCACAUUCAACCCAGUACUGAAGUCCUAGCUACAGCAAUCAGAUAACAAAAAGAAAAGGCAUCCAGAUUGGUAAGGAGGAAGUCAAACUUUCACUGUUUGCAGAUGACAUGAUACCAUAUAUAGAAAAUCCAAAAGACUCCACCAAAAAACUGCUAGAACUGAUGAAUGAAUUCAGCAAAGUCACAGUGUACACAAUGUACAGAAACCUGUUACAUCUCAGCCGAAAGAGAAAUUAAGAAAACAGUUCCCAUUUACAACUGCGCCAAAAACAGUAAGAUACCCAGGAAUAAAACUAACCAAAGAAGUGAACGAACUAUACUCAGAGAACUACA